GUGAGAGAGGGGACGGAGAGAGAAGGGAAACGGUCGACCGUCAGUUGAACGAACAGUUGGCUUCUGCCUCUGGGAGAGAAACAGUGAGAGUGACACUGUGCGUUUCAGGCGACAGCUUGAGAUACACCUACCUCCAGCAGAGUUGUGCGGAAAACGAAACUAGAACCACCAACCGAGAUACAGUAAUAAUAUCAGAGAAAUGCGUUGAAAUACGAAAUACGGUCUCCUUUGUAACAUUCUGUUGGAUUACUGUUGAGUCUCUUUUUCGACUGACUGCUGUUGUUAGAAAAAUAUUGUUGUUUCGAGUUGUGCUUCUGUGCUCUGGCAUUGGAUUUCUCUCCAGGAAAACUACGAGAUACGUUGGGUGCCACCAACAAGCAAAUCUGAACACUGGGAGUGAGCGUUGUUUCACAAAAUCUUACACAUUUCUCACUUCAGAAUUGUGUUGGAGAAUGCGGGCUUUACUCGAGAACUUCCCUAUAGGCCAAUGCUCUUCCCAACUUCAGUAAACGAUUUUCACCCCUAGAAGAAGAAGGGGCAGCUUUAGAAUGUCUGUAAGGGUGGCCGACCGCUGGUUGUCUUUCUACAAGUCCUCCUCCUCCUCCUCCUCCUUCUCCUCCCUGUUGGUGCGAUGUCUCCUGCUAGCCGCCUGUCUCGCUCUAACAGCCGCUCAGACAGGGAACGGAGACAUCGUAUUUACUCUGAAGGAAGAACUCAAAGCGGACACUCGUGUGGGAAACGUGGCGGAGGCGAGUGGGAUCAGGUCAGAAGUGACGACAGAAGAAUUUAACCAGCUGAGAUAUCAGAUCCUGAGUUCAAACAGCCGGAUAAUUUCUUCUCUAUUCACCAUCAACAGCCGGACUGGCACUCUUUUGACAAACGCUAUGAUCGAUAGAGAGGACGUUUGUGACUCGACAGCGGUCACGUGUCCACUCAAGUUUGACGUCACAGUGAAGUUGGAGAUCGUCGUGAUUAAAGUUCUGAAGGUUGUCGUUAUAAUCGAGGAUGUGAACGAUAAUCCCCCCGAGUUCCCAAACUCACAACUGCCCCUGAGCAUCUCUGAAGGCUCGCCGAAAGACAGUGAGAUCUCAAUCACCGGUGCGAUAGACAGAGACGCCGGCAUAGAUAGCGAGAUAUCCUACUGGAUGUCUGACAACGACGUGUUCGGCUUGAGGGAAGAGAAGCUUCUAGACGUGUCCGUGUUGAAGAUCGUGCUGCUCCAAACACUAGACCGGGAGACGGAGAGCAACUACGAGCUGGAGAUUUACGCCAAAGACGGAAACACCACCUCUGCCUUGACAGGAACUCUCUCGGUGACCAUCACCGUGACGGACAUGAAUGACCACAGCCCCGUGUUCAGCAAGGCCACGUACAACUUCACGGCCAAGGAGAACGCGGCGAGGGGCAGCCUAGUGGGUACUGUUGUAGCCUCCGACCGGGACGCGGGCGAGAACGGGCGUGUGACCUACCACUUCAGCUCGCUGACUGCAAGGAAAUUCCUCCAGUUUUUCUCCCUGGACAACGCUACGGGUCACGUGACGGUCAAGGACACGCUACAGUACGAGAGUGGGGAGAAGUUCCAAGCAGUUGUGGAAGCAAAAGACCACGGGGGGUCACCGCGUGCGGCCCAGGCUAUCGUGUUGAUCAAUGUCAAGGACGCUGGGAAUACACCUCCUAAACUAGAACUCACACUCUCAGAACCACUCAACCAAGAUAGCACAAUUCUCUCUGAAGACCUUCCUAUAGGGUCGUUUGUUGGGACACUCAAGUAUCUAGACACAGAUGAAGGGGAGAACGGAGAAGUCAUGUGUGAAUCUAUGAAUAUUCAUUUUUCUCUGCAGGCCCUCAACGGUGCAGGGGAAUAUAAAAUCGAGAUCAAGACACCGCUCGAUAGAGAGGCCCUGUCUCUGAAUGACAUGACGGUCAUUCUGAAAUGUACAGACAGAGGAACGCCGAGAUUAUCAGCUUUCAGAAAUUUUUCCGUUAUCAUUUCUGAUUCCAACGACAACUCGCCCAUCUUCAGUAAACCUGAGUAUUUCGGUAACGUGACAGAGGGAAGAACGAGAAAGACAAACGUUGUGAGGGUAUCGGCGACGGACGCAGACGAGGGGGCAAACAGCGAGCUCACGUAUCACCUCACGGCCAACUCCAGUAAUUCCUUCUCGGUUGACCCCUUCAGUGGGGUCAUCUCUCAGACGGCGGCGGUGGACAGAGAGUCUGGUCCGGUCAUUAGACUCACCGUCCUGGCAGUGGACAAAGGAGACCAACCGCUGACCGGCAGCGCAGUGGUCAGUGUAGCUGUGGCAGACGUCAACGACAACACCCCUGAAAUCAUCAGAACGGAGUACCAAGUGAAGGAGAAUCUGGAACCCGGAGCUUUCGUGGCUCAGAUCUUAGCGUCAGACGACGACGAAAACGUUAACGGGGAUAUGAGGUUUGAACUCGUCUCCGACCCUGAAUUAGGCUUCCUCGUAUCGGACACGGGCACGAUAACCACCACGAGUAAGUUCGACCGCGAGACUGUCGCUCAUUACUUUAUCGUUGUGGCCGUCCACGAUCUAGGAACGCCGCCGUUGUCGAGUACUUCCACCCUCACUAUCUCCAUAAGCGACGCCAACGAUUUCGCCCCUCAAAUCCGAUUCCCGGUCCCAGGUAACGAUUCUAUUGAAAUCAGUGCAAACCUCUCACCAGGAACGGUUAUUGCAAGAGCUGUAGCCGUAGACGAAGACGUUGGCAAAAACGCUAAACUGAUCUAUCUCAUCGCAGAAGGAAACCCUCAUAAAGCGUUCAGCAUUGACAACGCUACGGGCGCCAUAUUUAUUUCCAAGAGACUGACCACCACCCGUACCACGGCCUACAGACUGACCAUCUCAGUACAGGACAGCGGGAACCCCCGCAUGCACAACAAAACUUUCCUCUACAUCAACAUCGACUUCACCAACGCCACGUUGCUAAGCGACGAAAACGCCAUGGAGCAGAAAUAUGUUAUCAUCGCUGGAAUCAUCGCCGGCAUCACAGUCGUUAUCGCGAUCAUCGUCAUCGCGAUUAUCCUUAAACUCCGGCGCUCGGACAUGGGAAGAGGACCCGAACCCGCGCCUAAAGCGAAAACUCCGACACCCGACCACCACAGACUUCAGGACACGUCCAAAGUCUCCAUGCACGGACUGUCCACAUUCAGUGUCCGCGCGGACGAUAAGGAGGCGGGGUUUGGGGAGGCGGAAAAGGGCAAAGGUCGUGACCCCAACACGUCUUUCGAGAGCCAUCUGACCAAUGGGAGCCUCACGUUCUCACAGAGGACACCGCUCACACUAGACAUGCUGGACAGACACGGCAACCAGGGCUUCUCGCUCUUCCCAGAGGGCCGUCCCCGUCUGGCCAGCGAAGACUUACAUAGCGACACGUCGGGAGAGGCCACAGCCAGCGACAGUGGUCGGGGAGCUAGCGAUGGAGAAGACACGGGGAACACUGGAGCCUCCCCGCCCCUCCCCGUACACUCACCCGUCAUCUCCCCGACGACGCCAUUGUCCGGACCGCGCGUCCCCCAGAGGCCAGCGUUGCCUGGCAACCAGAGGUCACCACUUCCGGGACCCGUCUACUCCCCCGAGUCCUCCUCCAGCCUGAGUGACCUGUCGCGGGCCGCACGAGCCUACGCCUCGCACAAAGACCUAGACAAGGGCCGGAAGACGCCCAGUAAAGUCCGCUUCUCUUUCGAUGACCAGAGCCUUGACCACAUUCAGCAGACGACGUCCGGCCACCCCCACCCCCACCACCCCUCCUCCUCCUCCUCCUCCUCCUUUAACUACCCCCACCACCCCUCUGCAGCACCUACAAAAGCUCAGCUGUUGAGGACAUUUAUGGAUCAGUCUUAUCCUCGGAGGCAUGAUACCAACAACUCUGUACACCCCGGAAUGCCACAAAACUUCUCCUCUUCAUCCCAGAAGAAUUCCGUCCAACCCUUCACCGACAACAACAAAAGAAACAACCUAAAUCCCACAGUGGCCUCUGAUAGGCUGUAUCUCGACCCACGUGGUAUCGGCAAAGACCAAUCAGUGAGCCGAAUUCCUCUCAGCAGAGACGCUGUAGCGAAACACGAGAGGUUUCAUCAAAAGGGAAGGAACAACCUCCGUCCUCCCUCCUCCUCCUCCACCUCCUCAUCUCUCGUUAAAGACUCGAAUAAAACAAACAGUUUUCCUUUACUACAUCCUCAACAACAUAAUCCUCACCAUCAUCACCAACAGCCGUUGUCGCCGCUGAACCACAGCAUAGAUGAGGACGAUGAUGAUGGUGGGUCGACAACUACUUCUGGGAGUUACGCCAUUGACGGGAUGGAAGACGCACUAAAUAUUUCGGUUGAAUGCUAGAAAAAAAAAAGAAAAGAAAAAAUCAAAUAACAUUCAAGCUUUAAACAUCUAUGUCUUACUUUCAUGCUUUGACAUCAGUCAGCGAAAAGCUCUUGUUACCACAGGGGCUAGUGGAAAAACAACAGAAAACUUACUUGUAUAUGUGUGCAUAUUUCCGAGAUCUGUGGAGAAAUUGUUAGACUUUUCGCGGUCAAUCGCAGACGACAUGAGUUCGAUUCGCGAGUGGGGAAGUUUUUUGUUGUUUUUUAAAUCAAGUACAUGCAUUUCUGCCGCUCUGCAGGGCUGCUGUAUCUCUCUUUGUAGUCUUAGUCACGGUUCACAUAGAUAGGCAUGGUCUACACAGUCUGCCUCUCAAAUGAUUUUAAUGGUAUAUAUGGGUGCGUACAACACUUUUUAAUUUGUCAAUCUUAAAAUCAAAUUUUGAAUCUCUUCCAUCGGCCAGGGAAAAGAUGUGGUUAUCAAGGGGCUGGCAGAGAGCUACAACUAAAGAACGACGUGUGAAAUAAUCGAAAAUGCAAUAAGGGAAGAGAACGUGCUCGUUGAUGCUGCUACUUCUACACUAACAAAGUCAUAACUUGACGAUGUCUUUACCGGCGUCUGGGGUGUCGCGGUUAGGCUCUUGGCCGUCGCACUCAAAAGACUUGAGUUCGAUUCCCGCGUCGAGAUAUAUUUGAUUGAGUUAUCCCGGUCUUUCUGUUGGGAUGUCGUGUCCCUCUCAGCCGAGGCUGGUCCUGUCAGACAGGAUGAACGCCUUUUAAGUGGUCUUUAUUGUACUCACAAGGUGGUAAAACAUCUACAUUUAAAGAGAUAAUGUCCUAUCUGAUAAAGAUCUAACUUGACAAUGUCCUUACCUGACAAGGCAGCUAGUAAUCUCUUUAUGCAUGACAUAUCCAAUUUUUAACCCUUUUAUUACUUGUCUAAACUCUGGUAGCUGUUACCAAAUAUUUGACCAGUUUUGUACUCUGGUAUGUUUUACCCAUUUUCGUACCAAUUUUUGUGGGGUCUAAACUCUACCCAGUUUCUUACCAGUUGUGUCCUUCUUUAUGCUCUGGUAGCUAUUUCUCGGAUCUGACUGAUCACUCACGCCUAUAGUCAUCCCAGCUCGUCAAUCGCUCACUUUCUUACUAUAUUUUUACUAACUUAGAUACAUGUCUGUUUUUUCCGCAUGAACACAGUGCUCAUUUCGCUGAUAAACAGUUUCUCAUGUCACUUUUAUAUUGUGUAUGUUUCGAUCAGAAAAAAACCACAUUAAUAAACACUACGUUUUGAAUUGUGUUAUAACUUUCUAACAAUGGACGAAGACAGCAUGCUGCUUAGUGAAUGCAUAUUUUUUUAAUGAGAACAUUUAAAAUGAUCUAAUACACCAUUUACAUUGUUAGUUAAUGAUUGUAUAAGGCACACAAUGUGUUAAACCUUUUCUCAAUUCAAUGAUUUCAACAAAAAUGAAAUAUUAUCAGUUACAUCCUGCUUCAAAGCAUAUUGUUCGUCUUAACAAUUUUAUGUGAGAGAUACGAGGCUGUUUUGUAUAUUUGUCGUAAACUGUAUGAACUGUCGGUGUCUAUUUUGUUAUGUGGCGUAUGGUGAGAUGUUCUGCUUUUUCCUUGUGUACUCGUGAAUAGUGUCUUACGAUGUCAUGCGUUGUCGUGCGAUGUAUUUGAUUUGUUUGUUGGGUUGUUUCUUUAACCAUCUUCAAAAAGCUUUAAUCGUAUCUUAUUGCUUAUACUUACCAUAUGAGAUACUAAGAUCUCUGAAGCCAACAAUACCGUCCUCCCGCUCCACGAGCACGUCCUCCCCCAACUCCUUCCUGUCCCGUACCCCACCCCACCUCUUUACACAGUCACCUCGGUGUGUACGUUAAUCAGACCAGACUCUCUAAAAAAGUUUAAAAGGACGUAACAUGAAACUAUGUUUUGAUAACAGAAAAGCAAUGUGCGUUGAUUGCUCGAUAGUUAGGUCCAUUGAAUAAGAUACGGGCGAUAAGAGUUCAAAUCUAAGCCAGGACAUUUCUGUUUGUUUCGUUUUCGUAGGAAUUUUACGGCACAUGUAACUAGGACAUUUCUGAACCUGUCCUCAGGAUAUUUUCUGAACAUCCACCAAUGUUAUAAUAAUGUACACAUGUUAC